AUGAGCCUGGGGUCAUUCCAGGUCACUGACAGCGAAAAAAACCACACCUUCCACCCACAGGUGAAUGACAGCAGCACCUGAGGGAAGUUUCAGUUUCUGUCUGUACACAAUGAGGGGGGGGGGGUCGGUCCACUUUUACAUGUGAAAAAGUUUGAAUAGGUGAUUAAAAAAUCAUUUUAACUCAGCCAUGAUCGGACUCUCAUUUGAUGUCAAGAUUUUGGAGUUUCCCCCCUGCGGGACCAUUAAAGGAACAUCUUAACUUAUCUGAGGAUUAAAAUCAGGAGAGUGAAGAUGAUGAGGAGGAUGAUGGUGGUGGUGAUGAUGAAAGGUGGAGUCUGGUGAUGAAGGUGCAGGGACACACCUUCAGUCUGACUCAACUCUGAGAGGUUCUGAGAGGUACAGACUGACAACAAACCUUCUGAGAAAAACCCGGCUCUGCUUUCUCAGAACACUCUGAUGAAGGAGGAUAAAUACCUGCAGGAGGAGGCUGCACUCAGGACAGUCCCAUCAGGACCAGGGCCGCAUCCACACCAGACUGCACCACCGACCAGGAACCAGGAACCAGGCCUGAUCCACACCAGACUGAAGAAGACAAGUGAGUUUUUAUAUUGAACUUAUUUGGUGUUUUUUACAGUAACGAUAUUUGACAGUGAUGAUGGAGAGCUUACUAAAGAUCAGUCAGAGUCAGAGGAAGGUGAGACUAAAGAGUGAAGAUCUUCAUCAACUUCUCAGCUUCACUGAGGAACACAAACAGCUUAGACACACUCACCCUGUGAACUAUGAGACAGAGAGUUCAGAUGAUUUUCUCUUGCUUUUAUUUUGAUAUUUCUCAGUGUCACAUAGUAAAGAUACUUUCGUCAUGUGCUGUGAAAACAUACUUUUAUUUUGAAACAGCCUGUUUGUUACUCUAAGUAGGACUUAAGUAGGAAUAUAUAUGUAUAUAUAUAUAUAAGUGUGUGUAUAUAUAUAUUUAUAUAUAUAUAUACACAUAUAUAUAUGAAUAUAUAUAUGUGUGUGUCUAUAUAUAGACACACAUGUAUGUAUGUAUAAAUGUGUGUGUCUAUAUAUAUAGACACAUACAUAUAUAUGUAUAUGUGUGUGUAUAUAUAUAUAUAUAUAUAUAUAUUUAUAUAUACACACAUAUGUAUGUAUGUAUGUAUGUAUGUAUGUGUGUGUGUAUAUAUAUUGAUACAUAUAUAACAUGUAUACACAUAUGUAUAUAUAUAUAUGUGUGUGUGUGUGUGUAUAAAUAUACAUAUUUUUCGUAUAUAUUUAUUCAUUCAUUCAUUCAUUUAUAAGCCAUCAGUCCAAAAUCAGUGUACAUGUCUCUAAGUUUUAAAUGGAUCUUCCUGGUCUGUAAUAAAACUCUCUCCUCUUUCUGUUGAAGUGCAUUGUGGGUGCAUGUUUGUGGUGCUUCUAGCACUGUGGAAGGAGCUUGCAUCAGUUCCCAUUAAGACUUUUGAGAUAACAGAUCCUGACAUGCAGAGUAUAAUCCAGAGCCUGCAGGAGGCGCUAAGGAUCUACGACAGUGACCUGAAACAGAAGGUGAGAGUCUCUCUGCAGCUUCUCACCAAACUCCAUUUAAAAAACUUGAUAAUCACUCUUUGUGUUGGUGUUUGUCUGUGUAGAGCAUCCUGACCCCACUGGCCACCCUGCCCUGCACUGAGGCUGUCUAUCAGCUGGAACAGGUAGGUACACUACCUCUGCUGCCUGGCCCCCUACAGGCCACAGAGUUUAAGAAAAGAGAGAGAGAAUAAAGUUGAAAAACAUUAGUCCUCAUGUGUUUUACCUGGUUUAAAUCAAGUGUUUUCUGAAUUGGGUUUGGUGCAGAUCUCAGAUGUGGCCCGGAGACUGUCUCACUAUCCAGUGUGUGCAAGGCAGGUCAUGGACAACAAAGACCUGUGCAACGUCGUCAAGCUAAACAAUGACCUGCUGCAACACCUGGUGAGUCUCUGCACUCUGAUUGGUCAAUGAGACUGUUGAAUAAACAGAAACAUCUUGUAGUACUUUUGUUCUGAGGGAGACAUGUCUGAAACGUGUGUGUGUGUAUGUGUGUGUUUCAGGAGGGAUCAUAUCAGGACUCUGCAGACUGCUCCUCCUCCUCUUCCUCCUCCCCCUCCUCUCAGGUCACAGACUUUGACACUCUUCGUGAGUCAGUUCAGUGCUUUCACUGCUGGAUCCAGCAGGUGGAGGCGCUGCGCAGAUAA